CAGUAGCCUCCGGCAUAAUUUAAUCAGCAUUGCUAAUAACUGAUUCAUUAAUUAUAUAUUAUACUUUCAAAAUGAAGUAUUAUUUGUUAUUUACAAUUGCUGUGUUGAAAACAGUGUUCGCGAACGAAUGUGGAGUCACACCGAUAGAAGUAUGGGGCGGGUCCUCCUCCAAGCGAACAGAAUGGCUGCCAAGUCCUGUGAACCUGGUGGUGAUCCAGCACACCGUCACUACGGAGUGCAUCACCGACGAGGAGUGUGUCCGAAGCCUGAGGGCCAUACGAGCUCACCAGCAGAGCACAGGAUUCAUUGAUAUUGCCAUAUCGUUCCUCAUUGGAGGCAAUGGUAAAGUGUACGAAGGCUCAGGAUGGAGAGAGGGAGCACACACGGCGGGAUACAACAACAGAUCUGUAGCCAUUUCCUUCAUGGGAGAUUUCAGAUAUAAACGUCCAACGCCCGAAGCUAUUAGAGCGGCCCAGGAGUUGAUUGUGUGUGGAAUGCACAAGAAGCGGCUCGGCUUCAGCUACAAGCUGGUGGGCCAUCAGCAGCUGGUCCCCACGCUUAGUCCUGGAGCUGAACUGCAGAGGGUCAUCGAAACUUGGCCCCAUUGGGUCAGUGACAUCAGAGGCCUGUAGUUGUAUGGACGAAGAAAAGCCAGCCCCCGUAGACAAGUGGCAAAACGCUAACACUAACG